AUGAAGAUUUUGAUGAGAGCCGACACACAUUAUAGUAUAGGAGUACGAAGUUGUGCCGACUAUGAGAAGCCAAAUUACACAUUUUCCCAGGUUUUGGCUGCAGUUGCAGUAUCAAUGGGUUCAAUGAUAAUUGGUUUUUCAUCUGCUUAUACGUCACCGGCUUUAGUCACCAUGGAGAACAGCACUACGAUAUCAAUAACUAAAGAAGAGGCGAGCUGGGUAGGCAGUUUGAUGCCACUGGCUGCACUUGCUGGGGGCAUUAUUGGUGGCCCACUCGUGGAUUACAUUGGAAGACGAAAAACUAUAAUAUGUACUGCGCCUCCAUUUUUUUUGGGAUGGAUUUUAAUAGCUACGGCCAAAAUAGUUCACCUUGUUUUGACAGGACGUGUGAUUUGCGGUUUAUGUGUCGGUAUCGGAUCCCUAGCAUUUCCCGUAUAUCUCGGUGAAACAAUACAACCAGAAGUCAGAGGCACUUUGGGACUAUUUCCAACAGCAAUUGGCAAUAUUGGCAUUUUGAUUUGUUAUCUUGCUGGGAAAUACCUUAACUGGUCAGAGUUAGCAUAUUUGGGUGCCUGUUUACCGAUUCCGUUUUUUAUAUUGAUGCUUAUGAUCCCGGAAACUCCCCAGUGGUACUUAUCGAACGGACAGACGGAAGAAGCAAGGAAAUCUUUACAGUGGCUACGAGGGAAAAAAGCAAAAAUUGAUGGCGAAAUGCGUGAUAUAGCUCUCACCGAUGCCGAAGUAGAAAGUGAUGAUUCCAGUAUCAAAGAUUUGUUUAGUCGCAAAUACAUGAAGUCAAUAUUAAUCUCAUUAGGUUUGAUGACCUUUCAACAGCUAUCGGGUAUUAAUGCUGUAAUUUUUUACACAGUAUCUAUAUUUAAAAUGUCUGGGAGCGCCGUUGACGAAAACUUGUCGACAAUUAUUGUAGGUAUAGUCAAUUUCAUGUCCACAUUCAUAGCAACAGCACUAAUUGAUAGAGCAGGUCGUAAAGUACUUCUAUAUAUUUCUUCAGUUACCAUGACAAUUACUUUAGUUGUACUGGGUACAUUCUUUUACGUUCAAAAUGACUUGAAAAUGGAUGCUUCUUCAUUAGGCUGGUUACCAUUAACCAGUCUAAUGAUCUAUUUACUAGGAUUCUCAUUAGCAUUUGGCCCCAUACCAUGGCUCAUGAUGGGUGAAAUAUUGCCAGCAAAAAUAAGAGGAGCUGCUGCAUCUAUUUGUACUGCAUUUAAUUGGUUAUGCACAUUUACAGUAACCAAAACAUUUCUGAAUAUCAUUGAUGGGAUAGGGCCUGCUGCAACAUUUUGGUUGUUUGGCUGUAUUUGCUUUGCUGGUUUAUUUUUUGUGAUAAUAUGUGUCCCUGAAACUAGGGGAAAAAGUCUUGAGCAAAUAGAAACAAAAUUAACAGGCAGGGAAACUCCUAAAGCACGUAGAAUGAGCUCAAUAGCCAACAUUAAACCCUUACCAAGUGGAUGUUAA